AUUUAUUCUGAAUUUUAGUACUAUCUGGAAUUAGCAAUCCAACAGCAUCCAAUGAAGUUCUGAUUUCACAGAGAUAAUACAUUCCAACCUACUCCAGGAGUUUGAUCACUGUUCGUUAUCUUCGCCUUUCAUUCAGUAUAUAUACAAUGUACAUGUACAUGGAUUGUGGUCGGGAUCGUUGUUUCGGGAAUGUGCGUUCACCAGGACAUUCAAAACCCAAAUACCCCGAAUAGACACUCUCCACACAGAAGGAGCGGCGAGAAGUAAAUCGGAGAUCGUUGAAAGUAGGAAAGGUGCAGGCCAAAUCGAAACCACUCAAACUCAGAAUGUUGGACGUCUAGUUGGAUAAAUGGUAAGAACGGUAUCAAACGGCAAGAAUUCCGAAUUAUCGGGUGAUCAGUAAAGAAAUUAACGGUAAGUAGGUCAACUUCACGUGGGGCUUUACGCACACGGAUUAAAAUAUAAACAAGGAAGUGAAGUAGCAUCCAGUAUUUAACUUUUAGUCUUUAUUUUUUAACACUUGAAAAGUACUUUGAUUGGAAAUGAAGAAAUUUGGUAUAUCGUGACUUGUUGGUCUUUUAAAACAAUACAGUGAUGUUAAACUGUAACUUUGAUUUCUCGACUUUCCUUUUAAACAAGCGAUUUAAUAGCGGUCCUUCCGAGGCUGGGAUCAGUGGAGGUCAAUCUUGCUCUAGUUACCACAUACCUGAGCUAAUAUUGCGAUUGUGACAACAAAACAUGACGUCGAUUUUGAAGUGGAAUGUUGCAGGACUAAUUCCCCGUCAACGCCUAAUCUAGACAGAGUUGGUUUGUGAACAAAAGUUUGGGUUACAGGAUUGUGGUGUGGAAUUCGCUCUGCUGAUACAAUUGUAUUCCUAAAGACCAACACCCUCCACAUCAUGGACACACUAGGACUCAGCACUCAGUAUAAAGUACGACAUUGUUCUCAAUGUCAGGGGGACACUGAGUUCUACUGUAACUCAUGUAAACAUGAUCUGUGUUUACAGUGUAAAGAGAAACAUGUCAUUGAUCUAGAUACCGUAUACCAUGAUGUUGUGAUUUACCGUGAGAAGUUUGAAUAUUUACCAAAACAGGAACCUGCCUUGCUUUAUGAUGCAGGAAAACAACAAGUAGGAAAUGAACAACUGAAACUGAUGUCCACACCUGUAUUACACGCAUCUGUCUGUGUGAAAGGUGUUGGUAGUGUAAGACACAUAUCUCGUGUGAUGUCAGACCGGGUCUGGGUCUCUCAUAUAUGCAAUAUCAUAUUGACAGACACAACAGGAGGCACUAUACACCGUGUGAAAGGUAUAGCACCACUCUAUGGGGGAGGACUACACACAGUGAACAGUUCUGGUGAACUGAUUUAUAUAGACAGCGAAUAUAACAUCAACAAACUGUCUAUAGACAAUGAAACAGUCACCAAACUCUUACAGAGACCAUCACCAUGGUUUCUAUACUGUGUGUACUGUUCCCUGUCCACUGAAGAUCUGAUGGUGGGGAUGUGUAACUAUAAAACAGGCAAGGUAACCCGGUACAACAGUAGUGGUCAACACAUCCUGACCAUAGAACACGACAACACAGGACACAUGCUGUAUAGUGAGCCUUAUUGUAUUACAGAGAACAAGAACGGAGAUAUCAUUGUGUCUGACUGGAUUACAUUAUACUGUGGUGCUGUAGUGGUGACAAAUCGCGGGGGGAGACAUCGAUUCUCCUACACAGGACCUCCAUCAGGAUCAUCACUAGAUCCACGUGGAAUCUGUACAGACGCGCUGUCACACAUCUUGGUUUGUGAUCUAAACACCCGCACAGUACAGAUGAUUGAUAAGGACGGUCACUUCCUAUCAAUUUUACUGAUACAAAAACACGGGAUAAACGAACCAUACAGCCUGAACUAUGAUGAUAAAACCCACUUUCUCUGGGUCGGAUCAUACCGCACCAACACAGUGUCUGUGUAUAGAUAUCUACAGAGGAGGUACUCUCUGACUGAUAAUCCAGUCGAUGAUGAUAAGAUGAUCUUCAAAUCCACUGAUGGCACGAACAUCUGGGAAGGUACCAGCGAAAAAACCGAGUUAGAGUUGAUGUUAUCUCGAACGGGAAAGGAAAAGAAAGAUAAGAUCCCUGUUUCAGCAGAAAUUAUUCCAGAUGAUCUGUCUCUCUUCACCAAACCCACAAGCACUGCACCUGAGAAGAGACCCCCAUUAUCCCAUUACUUAUUGAAAAUUUUAGAUUAUCCGUCUCCAUUCACCAGAAUCGGACCACUUGAAAAGAGACAUGCAAUAUCAGUAGAACAUCGUGGACUUCAUAGAAACAAACCACAUAGUCAUUCUUUUACACCAGAUAGGGUACGAAGCACUGAUUCAGGAAUAUCUAUCUCAGAGCACACAGUGAGUGUUGACAUGAAGGAAAGUGAAGAGGAGGCUAAACCUGAUGUUUUAGUUUAUGAUGGUGAGAGGAUCAUAAAAUCCACUUAUGACACGGACAUCUGGGAAGACACCAGCAAAACAUAUGACAUAACUAGGAAACCAAAGAUUUACACCUCAGGUGACGCCUUUAGCACUGAGCAUUCUGUAAUGUCAAGCUCAGAGUACAAAGUGAGUGCUGAUACAGAGGAAAGUGAAGAGGAGGCUGGAUUUGGCAAAACCAAGGAAGAUGUGCUUAAUAUGUCGGAAACGUUGAUGACCAAAAGACGAAAACAACCGAAAGAAAAUGGAGAGGCUGAUAUUGGAAAAAGUUUGUCAGUUAAUUCUCUAUAUAUCGACAUAAAAUAUCGUAAGCUUAGAAGAAGUCAAAUCAUAAACAAUGCUUACGGAGAUAUCAUUAGUAGCCUUGAUUACUUAGACUGUAUAGGUCUCAACUUGAUGUAUAAAGUUAGCCAGGGCACGACUAUUAACCCAUUCUUACAGUCUAUAGAACCAUUCUCUAAGUGCAGCGUACAAGACUUUCUAGAAUGGAUGGAAGACUGCAAACAAGUCCUCAGAAAAACACGAUCCACAACAUGGGGCCAUGUUUCUUCUACUUUGUUUGCCGUGUAUACAAAAGAGGCCAUCUUGGGAUUCAAGGAAAAAGAUCUUGUUGAAAUCAUUGAUCACAGUAUACGAUGUGCAAUAGAGAGCGAGAAUUGCAUACUCGUUUCAGAGCUUGUGAGGACAUACUGUAUUGAUCUCGAUAUUCAGUUGCAAAGAAAUUUUGAAGAUAUCAAGAAUAUCACUACUGCCAUUAUUGACACAAUCUUACAAACAGUGAGACAUCUAAUUUUGAGAAAAUUGCCGACGCUCCAAAACAAUGCCAUCCUACUGUCUUUCUGUGUGGAGUGUGGACAAGAAAAUAAUUUAGUGAUGAUCAUGUCAUACAAAGGUAAUAUAGAAAUGAAAGACAGACUUCCAGACCAAGUCAUGGGAUUAAAACUUGUUCUGUAUAACUUUACACAUCUCUCUGAUGAAGCAUCGAGUGUCUUCAAUUCCAUUCCAGUUUCAAAUAAAACCCCAUUACCAACAGUCACAGAAAGUGAAGCAAGAGAACUAUUUAGGAAACACUCCAAUCUCACAAUGAUAUCAGCCUCACCAUAUAAAUCCAUAGGAUAUUCCAAGGGGAGACACAGAGUUGUAGAGACUCUGUGUAUCAGUCUAUUUUGUUUCCAUAAAGGGUAUAUUCCCUAUGGAGAGGAAAUAUUUCCAAAACAAUUAGGAGGCAUUGAAGUGGAUGUCCAGGACGGAUACUGUUACUUCGGUGCUGGAAGAUCACUCGAAUUAGGAGGACAUCUCAAGCGUUUGGUGAAUGGGAGUAUCGGGGGAUUUGUAGAUCUCCCCAAUAGUAAAGUUGGGUUGAUAACAUGUGCACACGUUGUAUUUUCACCGGAAGAAUUGAUGAAUAGGCAGUUCAAAGGUAUUAAAGUCGAGGCAUUUGAUAAGAGAUGUCAUUCCUACAAUGUGUGCGGAGAAUCUAUAGAUGGAAUUUUUCCGCAAUGUGUGCAGAUUGAACAGUUCAAUUUGGAGUCAGCUUCUAAAGAUCCUAACGUUGAUGCUGCUUUAAUUGAACUUGACCAAGAUAUUGACACCUUUGAGUUUCGGGCUGUGACCUCAGAACAGCUGCAAUCUGCAGGUUUUGACCCCAGUAAUCCCCCACUGUUUUCCGGAGAGGUUGUAUCUCUUCCUGGUCCAGAUCCGGAUUUUGAUGAUGAUUGCAUGGAUAUCGACAAUGAGCUACCCAAUCCGAAUCCUGUGCGCAAAAUCAGUAGGAAAAUAUCUAACAAAUUAGACAGUGUUGUGAAAUAUGGCGCUGUAACUGGAUUAACCAUUGGUAAUCUUUAUCAUAGUCCUGUACAUGUUCGUUUUGUUCAAGAGAAGCUGGCCCUUCCAGGGAAGUUUUGCUGUGCUGUUAUGUGCGAUCAAAUAGAAAUUCAGAAUCUGCCCCAGGGACAGUUUUUUGUGUGUGGUGACUCGGGCUCGUUUGUCUUUUGUAUCAAUCCUGAUAAAACACUCAGCUGUCUCGGGAUGGCCAUUGGACUCUCCACACGAGAAUCCUGUUUAGUGACUCCUAUUGACAGAAUCUUACGCAGUGUAUCUCCUCCUGGUGCUCGUUUAAAACCUUGCAGUUCUUUGAUUCAGCAAACCAGGACCAAUACACCACCUCAAGCAACAUUAGACAUGAUUUUGGCAGCUAUACAGAAUUUGCAAACUGAAGUUCGAACUCUACAGAGCCAGGUUCAACAAAUCGAAGAUUCCAAAAUUCAGUCAUCGUCCAACCAAUCCAGUGUCAAUCAAAAUUAAGACUAUAUUUAAUAAUGAGACACAUUUUUAGAAUUUCAUAUUAAGGUAAAGGGUCACUUGUAACACGUCAUGAACCCGAAUCAUAGUCAAAAUAAGGUCAGGAGUGGUGUUGGAAAUGUUCAUCACAGACUGUUUUGCCAUGCAUAAAAUAUUAGACGUUGAAAUGUUUAUCGCAGACCGUAACUUUGGAAUACAUUAGACAUUGAAAUGUUUAUCGCAGACCGUAACUUUGGAAUACAUUAGACAUUGAAAUGUUUAUCGCAGACCGUAACUUUGGAAUACAUUAGACAAUGAAAUGUUUAUCGCAGGCCGUAACUUUGUAAUGUACAAAUACACUGACACUGUUAUGCUGUUAUUUUGUUUGACCCUAAACACUAUCAUUUUGUAAUUGAAAUGUUUCCUUCAUGCUCAUCAUGUCCCUUCCUAAAAACAGGGCCUUCUAUUACUUUUAAAUGCGGAAAAUAUUUUACUGUAAAUGAUAACAUGUCCUGCAAGCCGAAAAACUUACUAUACUGCAUUAUUUGCAACGGGUGUGGCGAGGAAUAUAUUGGACAAACCGGAACACAACUAACAGCCAGGAUGUGUGUCCAUCGCCAACAAAUUAACGAUCCCAGUACAAGAAAUACCUCAUGCAGUGAACACUUUGACACCUGUGCUAGAGGCAACUACAGCGUAUUUCCAUUUUAUAAACUUAAAACAGAAUCAACGUCCAUGAGACUUGCUAAAGAAAAUUAUUUCAUUAAACUGCUUUCUCCUAAACUAAACAAACUUUAAUCAAUGCACAUAUGACAAAUUCUGAUUGUUAAACCUCUUAAUUCAUCAACUUUUAUCAUGUAAAUGUUUAUGCUUAUUUUGUCCAAGUCACCUUUCCCGAACUUUUGUAUUAUGACGUCAUGUAUCUAUUCCCUCCUCGCAAAGACUAUCAUGACGUCAUGACGUCACAAUAGACGUCUCUAAGAUAAACAACUUUGUAUUCAUUAUUAAUUUGUAUUCACCUGAGGAUGGAUGUUAAAAUCCAGAAAGAGCUAGUCAUUUAAAUAUAUAUUGGAACUGUA